GAAAUAACAAAAAACAUAUAUAAACCACAUAAAUUACAAAUAUAACUUAAUUAACUAAUAACAUUUAAAUUUGUUAUAUUAAUCACAAUGAAAUACUUGUUAAUUAUUGCGUUAGCUAUUGCGCUUGUGAGCGCUGGACGAGUACUGGACGCCGACUUUGAGCGCCAGAGAAGCCAACUGUACGCACGGUUUGACGCACUCGAGGCCAAAGUGAAGAUCGAUGUGAAACACUUUGAGACCACUAUUUUGAAGGACUCGCCCGAAAUGAAAGACCUGAAAGGCACUGAAACUGACCUAGUUGAUCUCAGGGCAAGACUGAGCAAGAUGAUCGAUGUGGUUCAAUUAGCGCCCAUUCAUGAUAGAAUCAAUUAUCUGGAAAAUUGGGAACCCGCAUGGGUUGAACAUAUGGAGCGUAUGAUACAUAAGUAAAAUAAAUAAACUAAAAUAUUAUAUAUACUUAUUUA